AUGAAGCCCUGGCAGCCCCUGGUCCUGGCGCUCCUGGCGCUGAGCGGCUGCCCGGCCGCCCCCAGGCCGCGCCUGCCCACCCUGGUGGUCUUCCCGGGAGACCUGCAGAACAACCUCACCGACCAGCAGCUGGCAGAGGAGUACCUGUUCCGCUACGGCUACACCCGCGUGGCGGAGAUGCGCAGGGACCAGCUGGGGUCGGCGCUGCGGCGUCUCCAGCACCGCCUGAGCCUGCCCGAGACGGGGGAGUUGGACGAGGCCACCCUGAGGGCCAUGCGGGCCCCUCGCUGUGGCGUCCCCGACGUGGGCCGGUUCCAGACGUUCCCGGGAGACCUCAAGUGGCAUCACCACAACAUCACGUACUGGAUCCAGAACUACUCGGAAGACCUGCCGCCAGCCGUGAUCGACGACGCCUUCGCCCGGGCCUUCGCCGUCUGGAGCGCGGUGACCCCGCUCAGCUUCACCCGCGUCUACGGUCCCGACGCCGACAUCAUCAUCCAGUUUGGGAUUAAGGAGCACGGAGACGGGUAUCCCUUCGACGGGAAGAACGGGCUCCUGGCACACGCCUUUCCUCCCGGCCCUGGCAUCCAGGGGGAUGCCCACUUCGAUGACGAGGAGUUGUGGACGCUGGGCAAAGGCGUCGUGGUCCCCACCCGCUUUGGAAACGCCGAUGGUGCCCCCUGCCACUUCCCCUUCACAUUCGAGGGUCACUCCUACACGUCUUGCACCACGGCGGGGCGCUCCGACGGCCACAGCUGGUGCAGUACCACCGCCGACUUCAACACGGACCGUCGGUUCGGCUUCUGCCCCAGUGAGAGACUCUACACAGAGUACGGCAACGGGGAGGGCAAGGCCUGCGUGUUCCCCUUCAUCUUCGAGGGCCAGAGCUACUCCUCCUGCACCACGGCCGGGCGCACCGACGGCCACCGCUGGUGUGCCACCACCGGCAACUACGACCAGGACCAGCUCUACGGCUUCUGCCCCCACAGAGCUGACGCCGUGGUGAGCGGGGGCAACUCGGCGGGGGAGAUGUGCGUCUUCCCCUUCACCUUCCUGGGCAAGGAGUACUCGGGCUGCACGCGGGAGGGCCGCACAGACGGCUUCCUCUGGUGUGCCACCACCCCGAACUUCGACGACGACAAGAAGUGGGGCUUCUGCCCCGACCAAGGGUACAGCCUGUUCCUGGUGGCCGCACACGAGUUCGGCCACGCACUGGGCUUGGAGCACUCAUCAGUGCCCGAAGCGCUCAUGUACCCCAUGUACAGCUUCACCGAAGACCCGCCCCUGCACGCGGACGACGUCCAGGGCAUCCAGCACCUCUACGGUGCUCGUCCUAAACCUGGACCCCAGCCCCCAGCUCCCAGCACACCCGAGCCCACUGCGCCCCCCACAGUUUGCCCCACGGGGCCCCCCACGGCCCUGCCCUCUGGGCUUCCCACCGCUGGCCCCACGGGCGCCCCCUCGGCAGGUCCCACGGGACCCCCCACUGCCGGCCCCUCGGCAGCCCCCACGGCGUCUCUGGGCCCCGAGGAGGACGUCUGCCAAGUGAACAUGUUCGAUGCCAUCUCGGAGAUUGGGGGGCACCUGCAUGUCUUCAAGGACGGGAGGUACUGGCGGCUGCCUGCGGGCGCCGGUGGACGGGUGGAGGGGCCCUUCCUCAUCAGGGACACGUGGCCCGCACUGCCCACCACGCUGGACUCCGCCUUUGAGGAUCCGCUCACCAAGAGGAUUUUCUUCUUCGCUGGGCGACAAGUGUGGGUGUACUCGGGCACGUCGGUGCUGGGCCCCCGGCGGCUGGACAAGCUGGGCUUGAGCCCUGAUGUGUCCCAGGUGACCGGGGCCCUGCGGCGCGGAGGGACCAAGGUCCUGCUCUUCAGCCAGGAGCGCUUCUGGAGGUUGGACUUGAAGUCUCAGAUGGUUGAUGCCCAGAGCGCCACCCCCGUGGACAAGCUGUUCCCCGGGGUGCCCUUGGACUCGCACGACGUCUUUCAGUAUCAAGGGAAAGCCUACUUCUGCCAGGAUCGCUUCUUCUGGAGGGUGAAUGAUGUGAACCAAGUGGACCUCGUGGGUUACGUGACCAUCGACCUCCUCCGGUGCCCCGAGAACUAG